AGUAAAUUAAAAAUUUGCUACACUUUUUCCCUUUUUUUAAGUGAGUGUGGUGUAGUGUAACUAUGAGGUUCAAAAGGCAGACCCUGGUGUCGGAAGAUACUUCAGAGGAUGAGAUCGGGCACAGUUACUUAGGGACUUUGAUGUAUGGCCGCUACCAACGCGACCUAAGUGAAGCGGCGCGCGAGGAAGCGCGCCGGCUGCGGCGCCUGCGCAAGCGCCGGCGGAAAGACGACAAACUGCGACAGAAAGAGUUAGAGGCGACGGGGAAAAGCCGACCGAAUGGGAAGUUCGUCAAGGUGCUAGGUUACAUAUGGCGGCACACGUUCGCCCGGUUAGGGGAAGAUUGGGUGUUCUUAGCAGCCCUGGGUAUCAUCAUGGCCGUUCUCAACUUUGCUAUGGACAGAGGAAUCGCCAUCUGCAAUAAUGCUCGCAUGUGGAUGUACAACGACCUAGCGACGUCUACAUUCAGCCAAUACGUCGCGUGGGUGUCUCUGCCAGUGUGUCUGAUCCUCUUCGCGGCUGGAUUCGUACACAUAGUCGCGGCACAAAGUAUAGGAUCUGGUAUACCUGAAAUGAAAACGAUACUACGGGGAGUCCAGUUAAAAGAGUACCUGACGUACCGAGCACUCAUAUCCAAAGUUAUUGGUCUUACUGCCACGCUUGGCUCCGGAUUGCCUCUAGGAAAAGAGGGUCCAUCAGUCCACAUCGCCUCAAUGGUAGCACAGCUGCUGUCCAAACUAGUGACGACCUUCCAAGGGAUCUACACCAACGAGUCCCGCACCACAGAAAUGUUGGCCGCCGCAUGCGCAGUGGGCGUGGCUUCCUGCUUCGCCGCUCCCGUUGGAGGCGUCCUUUUCUCGAUCGAAGUAACGACCACGUAUUUUGCUGUGCGCAACUACUGGCGCGGUUUCUUCGCCGCAUGCUGCAGUGCCAUUAUGUUCCGCCUCCUCUCCGUAUGGUCUGGAGCCUUGCCGACGGUCAAGCCGCUGUUCCCCACCAACUUGCCACAGGACUUCCCCUUCGACCCUCAGGAGUUCGCCGUGUUCGUCCUUUUAGGAAUCGUGUGCGGACUGUUGGCAGCGCUGUGGGUGUGGCUACACCGACAAUACGUACUGUUCAUGAGGAAAAAACCCAUCAGCAGCUUCCUACAAAAGAACCGCUUUAUCUACCCGGGCUUCAUGACUUUGGCCGUGAUGUCGAUUCUAUUCCCGCCUGGGAUUGGCAAGUACAUGGCGGCUGAUUUGGGCAACCAGGAACAGGUGCUAUCCCUCUUCGCCAACUUCACCUGGUCGGACAACCUGACAGCGGAGCAGGCCUCAAUGGUGGCCCACUGGGAAACCCCUGAAGUCAACCUCUACGGUUGCCUCUGGAUCUUCUUCCUGUCUAUUUAUUUCCUAAGCAUGGUAUCCUGUACGCUGCCCGUGCCGGCCGGUAUCUUCGUGCCGGCGUUCAAAAUGGGGGCCUCACUCGGUCGCCUAACAGGAGAACUGAUGCACUACUUCUGUCCCCUUGGAGUGGCUUACGGGGGACAUAUACAGAAGAUUCUGCCAGGCGGCUACGCGGUGGUCGGAGCUGCGGCGUUUACCGGCGCAGUCACGCACACAGUGUCUACCAUCGUCAUAGUCAGCGAGAUGACAGGACAGGUGACCCACAUCCUCCCAAUAAUGGCGGCCGUGCUAGCAGCAAAUGCCGUCGCAGCGUUACUGCAACCAUCUUGCUUUGACAGCAUCAUCCUGAUCAAGAAACUGCCUUACCUCCCCGACCUACUGUCUUCAGCCAGCAGAAUGUAUGACAUUUGCGUAGAAGAUUUCAUGGUGCGAGAUGUCAAGUACAUUUGGAAUAGGAUGACUUUCCAGCAACUGAAAGAUUUAUUGAAAGAAAAUAAGGCAAUAAAAAGUUUCCCACUAGUGGAUAGCCCAGCUUCUAUGGUUCUCCUAGGCUCAAUCCACCGCUGGGAACUAGUCAAGGUGAUAGAACAACAAGUCGGUAGAGAGAGACGGCUGCAGGUAGCAGCGUUGUGGCAUCGCGAGGCCGAGCUGAGAAGAAAAGAGACGGAACGACGAGCGAGACGACCGUCUCGAUUUGAGGUAACGCCGGCGCCCGACAUGCUGGGGCUGCGGCCCCCCGGCAUGACAAAGGGGUCCUCGCUCACCACCAAAGACCAGGACGGACUUAUACCAGCGCCUGGUCAACUGUUCCGACCGAAGUCUAUCCUGAAGAAAACUAACUCGUUCACGUUGACCCGAGGACUCGGGUCGCCGCCGCCGCUCACGCCAACCACUCCGUCCGUAUACACCACCGUCACUGGCGCCGAAACCCGGAUCCGUGCCGCAUUCGAAGCCAUCUUCAAACGAUCCACGUUACUGCAAGAUGUGGAAGGUGGUUUGGAAGGUGGCCAGCUGUCUCCAGGUCUGGCCAGAAGCCCUAGCAUCAACAAGAAAGUGCAACUGCCCCGCGAGCGAGUUUGCGACAUGUCUCCCGAAGACCAGAAGGCGUGGGAACAACUGGAAAUGGGCAAGGAAAUCGAUUUCGACCGCAUGCUGCAAAUUGCCCGCAAGAGAGAUAUGCAACUGGACGAAACGGACUAUGAGGACGAAACCAGUCUGUACAUCUGCCAUAUCGACCCCGCGCCCUUCCAACUGGUCGAGAGGACUUCAUUGCUUAAGGUUCAUUCACUAUUCUCUACGCUGGGAGUGAGCAGAGCUUACGUCACGGCUAUUGGAAGGCUUAUAGGUGUCGUUUCACUACAAGAGCUCCGUAAAGCCAUCGAGGACGUGAACUCGGGCGCGCUGACCCUGGCCACCCGCCCCGCGCCGCCCGCCCCUCCCCCCGCCCCCGCCCCGCCCCGCCCCCGCGAGCCCGCGCCGCCCAGCGACAGCGAGACCGCCAAGCUCACACAAGACACCAACUGA